AUGGGGAGGACAGCGGCCAUCGCCGCUGCCCUUCUCUUGCCGCUGCUCUUAGCGUCAACUGCGGUAGCACAAACAUUUCAGCAGCAAUGGUGCAACAUUCCAAGCUACAACUCGUCGCCUGCGUGCACACCGCGUCUCACGUCAUGCACGACGGUAGACCAAUACUACGGGCGGAAUGAUCCUCGUUUCGACAUAUGCAUGAUACCGGGUUAUUGGAACGCAAGCGGCUCAGCGUGGCCGUACGCCAAGCCUGGGGUGAUAGGUGCAUUGGAUGAUCUCCACGCGUUUAACCUUCGUCGCUCGAAAUGCUCUUUUUCGCGCAUGACUCCUGCGGUGUGCGGGCGUGCUGUUACCAGUCGUGGCUUGGCUUCGCCGUUGCGAGCGAUCACGGUGAAUGUUCUGGAACAGACUCUGCCAAAAACAUGUGCUCAUAUCAGCUUCUAUAGAUCAACAAAAGAGCUACGCCAAAGCCAGUUCACGGCUGUGCCAGCGCAACAGGCAGGCGCAGCGGCAUAA